AAAAAUAAAAUAAGCACGCAACCGCCAUUUCAAUUUCAAUGGGGGAUGUUGUUCUUUCAAGUUCGAACUGCCAUUCAAGACCUACCUAUCUGUCAUUCGUUUGCGGUUUCUUCCUUUUUGUGGGUUUUGCAUUUCGUCUUUGAAUUAUUCGAUUCUCAUAUAUAAGCAGACCUUAACUUUUAUUUUGUCAACAGAAGAAGAAGUCUUUGAAGCCCCUUUCCUCGACUAGGACACCCAUUUGAUAAAUUUUCCCACCGUCACAAAAUUGCUCGUCGGAGUCGUUUGAAUGGCGGAUUCCGAGGCAAAUCCUGCGGGUACGGAGGCUACAGGAGUUGAGGAAACGACCCCUGAUCUGUUGAAGAACACUCCUUCGAACAUUGCUAGAUUGGAGGAUGUAAUCGAACAAAGCAAGGGUAGGCAGAAGUAUCAUGCUCAGACUAGGAGUCCGUCAGAUGGGGGUGAUGUGCGGUGGUAUUUUUGCAAGGUGCCUUUAACUGAAAAUGAGCUAGCUGCAUCAGUCCCUCGCACUGAGAUAGUGGGGAAGGGUGACUACUUCCACUUUGGUAUGAGGGAUUCUCUUGCAAUAGAAGCUUCUUUCUUGCAGAGGGAGGAGGAGUUGCUCACUAGUUGGUGGAAAGAGUACGCAGAAUGUAGUGAUGGUCCAAUGGGCAAACCUAAUACCAGCAAGAAGAAAGAUGCACAUAUGAAUGAGAUUUGUGCUGGUGGUCAUCAAUCAACUCAAGUAUAUGAAGUGGAAGAUGAAAGAGUUGGUGUCCCUGUAAAGGGAGGGCUCUAUGAGGUAGAUCUAGUGAAGAGACAUUGUUUCCCUGUUUAUUGGAACGGAGAAAAUCGGCGUGUUUUAAGAGGCCAUUGGUUUGCUCGUAAAGGGGGUCUUGAUUGGCUUCCUCUUCGAGAAGAUAUUGCUGAGCAAUUAGAGAUGGCAUAUCGUAGUCAGGUUUGGCACCGAAGAACAUUUCAACCAUCGGGACUUUUUGCAGCUCGAGUCGAUUUGCAAGCGUCUACGCCAGGACUUCAUGCACUUUUUACAGGAGAAGAUAAUACCUGGGAGGCAUGGCUUAAUGUUGAUGCUUCCGGUUUUUCUGGUGUCAUCAGUUUGGGUGGAAAUGGAAUUAAAUUAAGGCGUGGUUUCUCGACAUCUCACUCAUCGAAACCAUCUCAGGAUGAGCUACGCCAGCAAAAGGAGGAGGAAAUGGAUGAUUACUGUUCACAGGUUCAUGUUCGACACCUGGUAUUUAUGGUUCAUGGAAUUGGCCAAAGACUGGAGAAAUCUAAUUUGGUUGAUGAUGUUGGCAAUUUCCGGCAUAUCACUGCUAGUCUUGCUGAACAACACCUUACCUUACACCAACGCAGUAGACAAAGAGUCCUUUUUAUUCCAUGCCAGUGGAGAAAGGGUUUGACGCUUAGUGGUGAAGCUGCAGUUGAAAAAUGUACUUUAGAUGGGGUACGUGGAUUACGCAUGACGCUGAGUGCGACAGUUCAUGAUGUUUUGUACUAUAUGAGUCCCAUCUACUGUCAGGAUAUAAUCAACUCGGUAUCAAACCAAUUGAAUAGAUUAUAUUUGAAAUUUCUCAGACGAAAUCCUGGCUAUGAUGGAAAGGUCUCCCUAUAUGGUCAUUCUCUGGGUAGUGUCCUCUCCUAUGACAUCCUCUGCCAUCAGGAGAAUUUGUCCUCCCCAUUUCCAAUGGAUUGGAUGUACAAGGAACAUGUGAGGAAUGAAGAACCUUCCCAUGAUAUGAAUAACCAGUCUCCUACCUGUGACUCUUUGACUGAUAUGGUUGAUAAGAGGUCCCAUAUACCAAAAGCAACCGAGGACAUUGUGGAUCCUGUUGACAGAGAGUCUGUGUCUCCACCAUCAACUCUAUUGGUAUGCGGAGAAAGACAUGCUGAAUUAUUUUCCUCAAUUGACGAGGAUGGCUUAAAAUCCUUAGAUGAAGCGACAACGACACACAAUAAUGACCCAGUAAUUGGUUUGAAUGAAGCUUCUGAGGAAGAAUGCAAAGACACCUGUGACAAGGAAGAAACAAUCAAAUUGCUGGAGGAAGAGGUUGACUUCCUCAAAGCAAGAAUAGCAGAACUGGAACCAAAAUGUUGUAGAAGUGAUGUAUUGCUUAAAGAGAAUGAUGGAGUGCUCACAACCGAGGCGACACAACCCAUUUCUGUGAUGCCACCUCCUGGGCAUGAUGAACCAAAGAGUUAUAAACCUUAUAUUAAGUACAAAAAACUUGAAUUCAAGGUUGACACAUUCUACGCUGUCGGAUCGCCCCUUGGUGUCUUCCUCGCCCUCCGUAAUAUUCGUAUUGGAAUUGGCAAAGGGCAAGCAUAUUGGGAAGAGGAAACCAUCAGUGAAGAGAUGCCAGCUUGUCGUCAAAUGUUCAACAUUUUUCAUCCGUUUGAUCCUGUUGCUUACAGAAUAGAACCACUUGUAUGUAAAGAGUAUAUCACCAAACGCCCUGUUAUUAUCCCUUACCAUAGAGGUGGGAAGAGGUUACAUAUUGGGUUUCAGGAAUUUACUGAAGAUUUGGCUGCUCGUUCUCAGGCAAUAAUGAAUCAUCUCAAGUCUGCAAGGGUAAAAGUGUUGACAGUCUGCCAAUCAAGAAAUGCAGAUAUCCCAGAAGAAGAAGCAGAGGAUGCUGAAGAAAAUGUAGAAAGGUCAUAUGGUGAAAUGAUGAUGGAGAGGUUGACCGGAAGUGCAGGACGGAUAGAUCACAUGCUGCAAGAUAAAACAUUUGAACAUCCAUAUUUACAAGCCCUUGGAUCACAUACAAAUUAUUGGAGGGAUAAUGAUACUGCGCUCUUCAUUUUAAAACACUUGUAUAUUGAUAUACCUGAGGAUCCCAAUUCACCCGAUGAGUCAAGUGGUUGCAACUCAAAAGAAGAAGAGACUGGUGCCACUGCGUGGACAGAACAAAGAGAUGCUGCUGAUGAAGAACUUCCUUUAACGUUCUCCGAUAGGCAAAUGGUCAAGAAUUUUUCAAGGAGAGUGAAGAAAUUUACUAAGACGACUUGAAUGAUUUCAGGUUUCCAUCCAGCCAUGCAAUGGCUUUUAAUUACAUGUGCGGCUGGUUACUGCUUGAUGUAGAUCUUUGUGAUAACCUUAACCACAACUGGCCAUCUCACUCGGUGGGGAAGCUAAUUGCUGCAGCAUUUUAGAAGGUAAAGUCAGAGAAAUAAUAACCCGGGAUUAUUAUGGGGGGAAUACCCAAUUGUCUCAAUAGAGGAUGAUGGUUAUGCUGCAAAAUGUUGAUUGUGGUUUCCCUAAUGACUGACUGAUUCAAAUUUCCUUUUACGGCUUUCAAUUGUACAUAAGCGAAUUAUAGGGGUGUAAAGAUACUGUUUGUAAUUUUGGUGGCUUGUAAUGGAAAUGUAAAUGCUGUAAAAAUUGAAGAUUUAAAGAAAAUACAGCUUUUGUUGGUAGCAGAGGAAACCUAGUUCGACGACA